UAAUUUUGGGCAAAUCGGUCCAGCCAUCUCUGAGAAAAAUGAGUGACAUUAUUUGACACAUACGCACAUACAUACACACACACACAUACACACACAUACAUACACACAUACAGACUUUUUCCGAUCUCGACGAACUGAGUCGAAUGGGAGAUGACACUCGGCCCUCCGGGCCGGGAUUAGGUUGGCGUUUUUCAGAGUGAUUGCAUAACCUUUCUAUAUGAGAAAGGCAAAAAGUUAAUAAGAUUAGUGAACCAAUGUAUAUUGAUUUUCCAGAAUCAAGUUUCGCCUAUGAAAAAGAUAAUUCAAUUUCAAAAAGAGAACCACGAUAUAAAAAAAUCCAAAUAAGAGAGAACCACAGAACUUUUAUCAUAGAUACAAAUGGAAGAAAAAUACAUAAAUCAAAUUUAAGAAAAUUGUUCAAAACUGAUUAACUUUUUAUUACAUUUCAGAUUGUUCGUCUCAAUAGCACAAGCUGCUAUCAAAAUUCAUGAUUUAAAUAGAAAUCCAAUAGCCAUUGUACCACUAGGACAAGCAACAAUCAAUUUAGGAUAUAUAAGGAUUAUAAAUCCAAUUGAAAUCCAACGUUUUAAAUCAAUAAUAGAUACCUUUUCCAUAUUUUUGAACAACAAAACAAUCAAUAGCCCAUUAUAUAAAUUAUUGCAAACUAAACAUUAUUUCCUGUAUCAAACCUAUUUAAAAAUUUGUCCUGAAGAAAAACGUUUUAAACGAUGGAACAGUAUCGGUACUGCUUUAAAAUGGAUAGCAGCCAUCAAUUCCAGAAUACAACAUACAAUGCAGCUUGUAAAUCAUCUUUUGGAAUUGGAUAACAAAUCUCAACAACAGCAUGUCAUCGAAAUAAACCUUCUUACUGCCAUAUUAAACAUCGAUACCGUCCAACGUUAUAUUGAGAUGAUUGAAGAUGCUAUCUUAUUAGCUAAACAUGGAAUACCAAGCAGCAGAAUUUUAAAUACUAAGGAUUUUGAAAAGAUCAGAAAAUAUUUGGAAGAGCAUAAAAUUACUGUAAAAUCGUUCGAGCAAUUAUUAUCAAAAUCAAAUGCUCAGGUUUCAAUGAACUCAACUCAUGUUAUAUAUAUGAUUAAAGUCCCCCAACUAUCUGAGCAGACCUACGAUUACGAAUAUAUUGAUUCAGUUGUCCAAAAUCAAAAACAAGUGCUGGUUAGAUCCAAUUAUAUUCUUACCAAUGGAACGCAUAUCUACGAAUCAACCGAAAAAUGCGCAAAUGAACUCGACAAUUAUAUUUGCGAAUCUAAUAAUUUAAAAUCCCCGAAUGAAUGUAUUUCUAAUUUGGUACGGAUCAAGCAUGCCAACUGUUCUUACGAGAAAAAUUAUUCAAAAGGAAUCAUCAAAAGAAUUAAUGAUGACUGGAUACCGUUAAAUAAUGUGAAUGUGACACUUAAAUCUAAUUGCAGCAAUGUCACUCAACAACUGAAUGGAUCAUAUCUAAUCCAGUUCGAAAAAUGUGAACUAGAAUCAGAUAACAGUCGCUAUACCAAUUUGGUAAUGGAAGUUAGUAGUAAAUCAUACAGACCAACUACUGGAUUAACUGUCUUCGAAACAAAUUUAGUGGAUAUACCACCACCAGAAUUUUUGGGAAACUUGACAUUGAAGCAUAGAAAGAUACUACAACAUGUCUAUUUACAAAAUGAUUCCUUCAAAUGGAAACUUAACAUAAUAGGAUCAUUUAGUAUUGGAAUAUUCGUUAUUUCUAUGGCAAUUAUUACUGUGUACAUACUAUCAUGUAGAUAUAAUAAAACAACCGUAGAUGUCAAUGUAUCACCAUCCGCCCCAAUUGAGAUACCUACUCCAAAAGUUUCAUCGAAUUUCUCCACUUCAGAGACUCUUCCAAAUUCACCAUUUCCAGAUUUGUCUAUCGAAAGAUUCAAGGAACUCAAUCAGUACAUCAAUAUGCCGGUAUCAGAAAGAAGCAUUAAAAACUUUGAUGGCAAAGUUAUUUAAGAAGGGAGGAGUUAGCUGGUUCACACGCAUCGUUCCCAGACGACAACAUGUGAUAAUUAACUGGAAGCAGGGCUAGACGACAACAUGCGCGCUCUAAGGAAAACAGUAACAACAACAGGUGUUCUGAGAAGCGCAGCUGGUUGCAUCGCCUGGCUGAAGUUAUAUAUAGGCCGUUAGGGAACAUUAUUGUGCAGUUCCAGU